AUUGUCUUCGCUGGAGCUUUGCUACACGAUCGUUGGAGCUGGAGUGCUGGACCAUCGCCGAAGCUGUUGGACCAUCGUUGGAAACAGGGAACACGAUCGCUGCACUGUUGACCACUACUGCUGCUUCCUCAUCGACACAGGAAACAGAUAAGUCUCUUCUUCUUUUCCUUUCUAUUUUUGUCUUCUUUCUUCUUUUCCCUGCUAUUCUUUUCUCACAUCGAUAG